GGAUUGGGGGCGGAGUUUGCCUGGGGCGGCCGGGCCCGGUUAUGGCCCGCCCUGUCUCUCUGAGUCAUCCUUCCAGGACGUGGCCGCCGUUUUGCUCCUCAUGCAGUGGCGGCACUUCUUGUGCGCUGCAGUGUCAGUUAUGAAAGGACCGAGGCCAGUGGUGCUGAGUGGCCCUUCAGGCGCCGGGAAAAGCACUUUACUCAAGAAGCUCCUCAAGGAUUAUGGCAAUGUCUUCGGCUUCAGCGUCUCCCAUACAACAAGACAACCAAGGCCUGGAGAAGUAAAUGGAAAAGAUUACCAUUUUGUGACCAGAGAAGAGAUGCAGAAGGAAGUCGAUGCUGGGGGGUUUGUGGAGCACGCAGAGUUUUCUGGCAACAUGUAUGGAACAAGCAAAGCCGCCAUCCAGGCUGUCCAAGCACAGAACCAGAUCUGCAUCCUCGACAUUGACAUGCAGGGGGUGAAGAACAUCAAGAAGACUGACCUGAAUCCUAUCUACAUCUCGGUUCAAGUCCCAUCCAUAGAAAUCUUGGAGAAGCGGUUACGGGAGAGGGAGACCGAGACGGAGGAAAGCUUACAGAAGCGGCUGCAAGCGGCGUGCGUUGACAUUGAACUCAGUAAGGAGGUGGGCCUUUUUGACUUGAUCAUCAUCAACGAUGACUUGGAGGAAGCUUAUACGAAAUUGAAGGACAUUCUUGCAGAGGAGAUCCAGAAAGUGCAGGGGUCCAAGAAAACAUGAAUUUCCUGGGCGUGGAGGCUCAAGCUUUGCAGGCAUUCCUCAGUGUGUUUUACCACUUAUUGUUCUGUGUUUGAGAGAAACGCAAUCAACCCCCCCCCCACACACACAUGUAUAAAUACACACACAUUCCUUUUUAGCUUGAUUCUCCAGUGAAAUCCUUCUAGGAUGCUUUCUAUUAAAGGAAAAAAGAUCAGA